UCUCGAUGUAAUUAAUACGUGUGCUGUGAUUUGUCGCGUUCGAAUGUUUUUCAAUGCCUUCUGCUGCCAUCGGUGAAACAUCAGCAGCGGAAAUAGUUUGCGUAUGCGUUGAUAUCGAAAUUCGCGUCAAGAGUUGAUGAUUAGAUGAACGACAACGGACGAACUGAUAUGCGAUAAGCGAAAUUUGAAUUUGAAUAUUUUUGUUUUUGCGUAGAGGGCGCUACGUCGCUACCAACCGCAACAAUAUGACAGUUGCGCUUGCGUCCUUCCCCGUCAAGUUGACAUGUUGCAGACGGUUCGCUCGAGUUUCAAGCGAGAAAAUUGUGCAUUUUGCUUUGUUGUGUGCGUGCUUUAGCUCGCAUAAACACACACAUACACACACACACGCGCGUACACACUUAACUCUGAACAGUAUAUACAUAUAAGUGUGUGUGUGUGUGUAUAUAUAUAUAUAUAGAUAGAUAGGUAGUUCAAUUGAGAGGACAUUACUGUGUGUUGGUGAGCGAGUAAGUGCGAGUGCGAGUGUUUGCUGGUGUGUGCAUGUAUGUUAUGUAUGUACAUGCAUGUCAACGGAAGCGGUGAAUAGAGUUGGAUGCGUGCUGCGAGUACGUCGGAUUCGGAUGCGAUUUCAUCUUCGGCAGAAGUAGAAGAGUAAGGAAGUGGUGGAAAAAGUAGUAAAAGAAGAGCAAGAGGCGGAGGACGGACGGACGGACGGACGUCAGGUUAGGAGGAGGCCUACCUCAAGGUGCAGGCCUGCCGCGCUUCUCCACAUCCCAUACCGUUUCUAUCGGAAUUCAGAGAUCGAAGUGCUCUUGCUGCUACAAAUAACGAACACCGGAGACACACACCAAUGAGCGAAAAUGGCUGAUGAACAGGAAAUCAGGCAGUUGGAGCUGUUGUGCAAACAGCUGUACGAGUCGCAGGAGACGUCGAUCCGUGCUGAGGCCGAGAAAGGUCUGGUGGUGUUCCAGGAAGGACCGGACGCUCUGACGAAAUGCCAGGUGCUGCUGGAUAGGGGCGAUUCUUGCUACGCGCAGCUCCUUGCCGCCACCACCCUGACGAAGCUGGUGUCGAGAAACGCACAGGCGUUAGGAUUGCAGCAGCGUGUCGACAUCCGGAACUACGUGCUCAACUAUCUGGCGACGAGGCCCAAAUUGCCGGCGUUCGUCGUUCAAGGUCUCGUCUCGCUGUUCUCGCGCAUCACCAAACUGGGAUGGUUCGAUACGCACAAGGAGGAGUACGUGUUCCGCAACGUGGUCAGCGAUAUCAGCAAGUUCCUGCAGGGCUCCGUCGAACACUGCAUGAUCGGGGUGCAGCUGCUCGCCCAAUUGACGUGCGAGAUGAAUCAGAUCUCCGAUGUCGAGGCGAACCGUUCGCUGACGAAGCAUCGCAAAAUUGCCUCCUCGUUUCGCGACACGCAGCUCUUCGAGAUCUUUCGGUUGAGCUGCUCGCUGCUGGGGACGGCGCGAGAGAAUUGCAAAAAUUUGAAUUUUAACGACGAGGCGCAGCACGGUCUCAUGACUCACCUGUUGAAGCUCUCGCAGAAUUGCCUCACGUACGACUUUAUCGGCACCACCACAGACGAGUCCUCCGAAGAUCUGUGCACCGUGCAGAUCCCGACGAGCUGGCGACCCGCAUUCCUAGACUCCACCACGCUGGAGCUCUUCUUCGACAUGUACCAUUCCCUGCCGGCGACGCUCUCCUCGCUGGCACUCUGUUGCCUCGUUCAGAUCUCGUCGGUGCGCAGAUCGCUCUUCUCCAACACGGAGCGCUCCAAGUUCUUGGCGCACCUCGUGAACGGAGUCAAGCACAUCCUGCAGAAUCCACGUGGACUGAGCGAUUCGGCCAACUACCACGAGUUUUGUCGACUGCUCGCUCGCCUCAAGUCCAACUAUCAGCUGGGAGAGUUGGUGAUGGUCGAGAAUUACCCAGAGGCGAUUCAGCUGAUAGCCAAAUUCACUGUGCAGAGUCUGCAGAUGUGGCAGUUCGCACCGAACAGUGUCCACUAUCUGCUGAGCCUGUGGCAGCGAAUGGUCGCGUCCGUGCCGUACGUGAAGGCGACCGAACCGCAUCUGCUCGAGACGUACACACCGGAGGUGACGAACGCAUACAUCACGUCGCGACUGGAGUCUGUGGCGGUCGUGGUGAGAGACGGUCUCGAGGAUCCGAUCGACGAUCUGGGCAUGGUGCAGCAGCAGCUCGAGCAGCUUUCGGUGAUCGGCAGAUGCGAAUACGAGAAGACGUGCACCCUGCUGGUGCAGUUGUUCGAUCAAUCGGCGCGCACCUAUCAAGAGGUGCUCGCAAACAGCCAAUCGCAGCAGAUCGACGUGACCGUGCAGGAGGGUCGUCUCACGUGGCUAGUCUACAUAAUCGGGGCGGCGAUAGGUGGUCGCGUCUCAUUCAAUAGCAAUGAGGAGCACGACGCGAUGGACGGCGAACUGGUCUGCCGCGUUCUGCAGCUGAUGAAUCUCACCGAUUCACGACUAUCGCAGGGUGGCUGCGAGAAACUCGAGCAGGCGAUGCUCAGUUUCUUCGAGCAGUUCAGGAAGAUCUACGUCGGCGAUCAGGUGCAGAAAAAUUCUAAAGUUUACAGGAGAUUGUCGGACGUGCUCGGUCUGGCGGACGAGGCGACCGUCCUCAGCGUCUUUAUCAGGAAGAUCAUAACCAAUUUGAAAUAUUGGGGUCGCAGCGAGCAGAUAAUCAGCAAGACGCUGCAGCUGCUGAACGACCUCUCCGUCGGCUACAGCUGCGUGCGAAAGUUGGUCAAACUGGACGAGGUGCAGUUCAUGCUGAACAAUCACACCAGUGAGCAUUUUCCAUUCUUGGGCAACGCGGUCGCCGUCAACGAGAUGCGCUGCAGGUCGAUGUUUUACACGUCUCUGGGCCGUCUGCUGAUGGUCGAUCUGGGCGAGGACGAGGAUAGAUUCCACAAUUUCAUGUUACCAUUGACCGGUUCGUUCGAGAGGAUCGGGACGCUGUUCAGUGCAUCCGAGACGCCGAUGUUUUCUACCGACGAAACUAAGAAGGCUCUCAUCGGUUUAUCGAGGGACCUCAGAGGAUUGGCGUUCGCCUUCAACACGAAAACGUCGUACAUGAUGCUCUUCGAUUGGAUUUAUCCGAGUUACAUACCUAUUCUGCUGAGGGCCAUCGAGUUGUGGUAUCACGACCCGCAGGUUACGACGCCUGUCCUGAAGCUCUUCGCUGAACUGGUGCAAAAUCGUUCGCAACGAUUGCAAUUCGACGUGUCCUCGCCGAACGGCAUACUCCUCUUCAGAGAAGCUAGUAAAAUUAUUUGUAGUUACGGUAAUAGAAUAUUAAAUGUAGAAGUACCAAAAGAGCAGACUUAUCCGCUGAAACUGAAGGGCAUGUCCAUAUGCUUUUCUAUGCUGAAGGCGGCACUCUGUGGCAGUUACGUCAACUUCGGGGUUUUCCGUCUGUACGGUGACGAAGCGCUCGACAACGCGCUCAACAUAUUCGUCAAGCUGCUUCUCUCCAUUCCCCAAUCGGACUUACUGGAUUAUCCGAAGCUGUCGCAGACUUAUUACGUGCUGCUCGAGUAUUUGGCCCAGGACCAUAUGGCGUUCCUGUCGACGCUGGAGCCGCACGUAUUCCUCUACAUUCUGUCCUCCAUUUCGGAGGGCUUAACUGCCUUAGGUGGGCGACUUAAUACCUACACAGAUACGAUGGUCUGCACCGGCUGCUGCGCCACCCUCGAUCACAUUGUAACAUAUUUAUUUAAACAGUUGACCCAAAAAGCGUUUCCUGGUAAGAAACCUGUGGUGCCGAUCAGUGACAUGUUCUUGAAGGUGCUCGAGGUGCAUCCGGAGAUCCUGCAGCAGAUCCUGAGCACCGUUCUGAACGUGAUCAUGUUCGAGGAUUGCAGAAACCAAUGGUCCAUGUCGAGGCCGCUGCUCGGACUGAUCCUCCUGAACGCCGACUACUUCAAUCAGAUGCGCGAGAACAUCAUCAGAAGUCAACCGCCCGACAAGCAGGCGGCGAUGGCCCAAUGGUUCGAGAACCUUAUGGAGGGUAUCGAGAGGAAUCUUUUGACGAAAAAUAGAGACAGGUUUACGCAAAACCUGUCGACGUUUCGCAGAGACAUAAACGAUUCUUUGAAAGGACCCAAUGUUAAUACAUCAGUUAGUGAUAUGAUGACAUCAUAGUGAUUUUAAGUACAUAAAAGAAAUGAUAAUUUUC